GAAUAAUGAGAUGAGUACAGAUGAUGACAAUGAAUAUGCAGAAGAAAAGGAUAGCUACAUCUGUGCAGUGUGUCUGGAUGUUUACUUCAACCCUUACAUGUGUUACCCUUGCCACCACAUCUUCUGUGAGCCCUGCUUACGGACUCUAGCCAAAGACAAUCCUGCAAGCACUCCCUGCCCAUUGUGUCGGACAAUUAUUUCUAGAGUCUUUUUCCAGACAGAACUGAACAAUGCCACAAAAACAUUCUUUACUAAAGAAUAUUUGAAAAUAAAGCAAAGCUUUCAGAAAUCUAGCUCUGCAAAGUGGCCUCUACCAAGCUGCAGAAAAGCUUUCCAUCUUUUUGGAGGUUUCCACAGACGUGCAGCUCCAGUUACAAGAAGGCAGUUCCCACAUGGGGCACACAGGAUGGAUUACCUGCACUUUGAGGAUGAUAGUCGUGGAUGGUGGUUUGACAUGGAUAUGGUGAUAAUAUAUAUUUAUUCAGUGAACUGGGUCAUUGGAUUCAUUGUUUUCUGCUUUCUUUGCUAUUUUUUCUUUCCGUUUUAGGAAUUUUCAUACCUUAUUACAAUUGAACAAUCAUAUAUUAUGUAAAUAACAAUUGCUUAAACAUUUUUAAUGUGCUUUGAAACUUUUAUAAUGUUGCAUUAUAUAAAUUGUAGGUGUUUCUAGGAAGCCUGAGAAUAAUGAAUUUAUUUAUUAAUGUUUUUCAUGUAACGGACUAAACUUUAUUCAAGAUCUAAUCUAUCUAGCACUUAGAAACAAUACACUAUUAAUUUCAUAGUUGUUCUUGGUUUAGGAUAUGGGGCUCUAAUUUUACAAUAUCACUUUUAUAUUUAUUUUUAAUUGUAAAGACUGAAGUUUUCUCCCCACUUAAAGAUAGUAAAAAUACAAAAAGAAAUGAUCUGGGUAGAUAGUAGUUAACUGAUAAAAUAUUUAAUCAAUCACCUCUUAUUCUCAGGCAAAUUAUAUGCAUUAAUGAUAAACCAAAUUCUCUGAGAACUAAUCUAGCAGGGUAUACUCAAUUCUGUUUUCAAAUUCUCUCUACUUAUGUCCCCUUCUAUUACCAAGAAAUGUCACUAUUCUUUUUGUAUAGAUCUAAUUAGUACAACAUUUUUAUUAUUAUAAACAACAGAAUAGUAAAUACAAUGAGACUAACCCCCACAAUAGAUACUUUAGAGAGCUAUAUUAACAUUUUCCAAAUUCCAAGGUGAAUUACCUGAAGAAAUAAAAAACGUAUUGACUCUCGGUAGUUUAAAAGAGCAAUGCAUGUCUAAAUGUAAUUAAUUUCAUGAUUCAUAUAACUAGGAGUUUGUUAACUAUAUUAUAAAUGUGCAAUAAAGAGUGGCUUUUAAUUUUUUUAUUGUUACUAACUGAUUUAAGGUCUGGAAUAAAUAAUUGUUGGGAAAUAGUC